AAGAGGCUGGAAAAGUAAGUGUUACUAAAAAGAAACAGCUGGAGGUAAGCUGAAGGGCAGUAACAUGACUGGGUAUAAAAAGAGUAUCUUCGAGAGGCAGAGUCUUUCAGAAAUUAAGAUGGGAUGGAAUCUGGAUGGAAGAAUAUGUUGCUCUAAAACCAGUAUAUACCUUUCAGCAUUGAUGUUGCCUUUCCAGAUGUGCAAGCUGCCCUUUCCAUAAGCACUAAUGCACCCUCAUACCAUCAGAGAUGCAGGCUUUUGAACUGAGCGCUGAUAACAAGGCAGAUGGUCCCUCUCCUCUUUAGUCCUCUUUAGUUUAGUGGACGCGGCGUCCAUGGUUUCCAAAAAGGAUUUCAAAUUCUCAUAAGAAGCUAUGAAAGCGGUGAACGUGGUGCUCUGUACCGAAAGAAGUGGAGAGCGGCGUGCAAGCAUGCGGACCCUUCCCCAAGCCAGGACAGCCACUAGGAAAGAAGAACUCCACCUAGCUGCCUGUUUUGGGAGGUGGGAGGAAACUGGCGAACCCAGAGGAAACGAUUGCAUAGAUGUGAAGAACACGCAAAAACACUUCACAGUUUCACAGUAACCUGAGCCAAGUAUUGAAAUGAGGACUCUGGGGGUGUGAGGUGACAGUGCUACCUGCUGCACCACCUUGCUGCCUAUUGUUGAAGAUUUGAUCAAAUUGAAUUAUUGAAUUGAAUCACAAUUUCAACAUGGAAUCCAUGUGUGAAAUUUAACUUCAUUUACACCCCCACAAAGAUAGUAUUACAGAACUGUAGCGUUAUUCUACACGCACAAGCUGUUUCCUUCAUCACAGAGGUUACUUAAGAUACACACAAGGUGAGAGCUAACACCUCUGGUCCCAUUGUGCAACGCUGCUUAUUUUGAGCCGUGAUUAGAACGCACUGACACUUCAUUUAUCUUCAGAUAUGCUCAGUGAGAAAAAACUCAUAUGCACGUAGAUACAGAUUUUUAAAAAAAAUCAAUACAACACCGGUAGCGAUGGAUGUGCAUGUACUUUCCUUGGUCUUUUCCUCCACAAAUAUGAUCCACAACAUAUAGCUUUUUGGUUCAAUUACUUUUCAACAGGUACCAUUUUUUACACACCCGCUCUCUGACCUUCCUCUCCUUCACCCUCAUCCUUUCUGUAGCUCUGCUCCUCUCUAAUGAUGGUCUACUGUCUCAGACACAAAACUCCCACCUGUGUAAAAUUAAAAACUGCAACCGCUACAGAGAAGAGUCAGGAAGGUAAAACCAUGUGCACACACACACACACACACACACACACACACACACACACACACACAUACACACACAUAGUGCUCCCAGUGCUUGUCCAGAGAGUUGGGACUUCUAUACAGGCACAGGAGAUCUGUACUACACGCCAAUGUAUCAGAGCAAAGCGUUAAAAAACAAGGACACCCAUUAGGAUUAAGACACACACACACACACACACACAGCUUGCACUGGGAGAGUGAGCAAGGGAGGGAGGAAGGAAAGGAGGGAGAGAGGGAGGAACGAAAAGGCUCAUUUAACGAGUAGACAGAGGCAGAUGUACGCUGGAGAGAGUGAGAGGUGUGAUGGAAAGCUGACCGGAAAUAAAAAGAGAAAAAAAAAAAAGAAUCAGCAUGGGAGAAAAGAAAAGGAAGAUUUAUGAUAUACUCCAGUUUUGGAAGGAAAGAUUAACAAGGAAGGAGAAUAUUAAUGAAAAGGAGUGAGAAACGGACUGAAUGAGAGAAAGCAAGGGAUACGGCGCUCUCAUAUACUGAGGCAGAAAGACAUCUGGAGUCAAGGAGACCAAUCAAGCAGCACAUGUAAUUGCAGUCAAACAGCCUCUGAGGACUAAGAAAUGAAAUGAUCAGAUGCUGAGACACAAGAAGUUUUUCCAACUAAUGAGACCAUACAGGACAUGCUGAGUUUUAUCUUUCUCACCCACACACUUUGCUUUCAAUGAAGCAUCAUCAUCGUUGGACUGAACAACAUGCCAACUAAGAGACGUCCUUCCCCCUUCAGCUGCGGCUCUGGGGGUUGAGCCAAUCAGGCACAGGCCAUGGGCCGAAAGGCAGCUGACACGACUAAUCCAGUGCCAGCGCUGGGAGGGCGAGGAGUUCUGUCACAGAAAUGGGGACCUCUUUGCAGCGUGGGGGUGCAGACAUCACCAGGACUACGCUCACUUCCCUCCUUAAAAAGGAGGAGUCAGCCAACAGGGACGGCCCAUGGGAAUUCUGUUCCUGUGGAAACUAUGUCUCUAGACAGAGCAAAGCCCCCUUUGGGACAAUUUCGGAACUGCACAAGCAAAGUAUCCCAGCAUGAGACAUCACAAGACGGCAGUGUCUACUGCCAGAUCAAAUCUAUCCAAACAAACCCCAACCAGUCAGGAUGCAGGGGAAAAUCCAAACGGAAUCCUCGCUUCAUCAAUGGCAGUGUAGUAGCAUCUGAAUUAGUAGAAGGGGUCUGUAGUGAGGGGGUGGAGACAGGAGAAGUGGGUCGUCAAAGAGAGACUGAAAUACGAAUUCAGAGACGGGGUCAAUCACUAAAAGGGGAAAAUACAUGUCCUACAGUGCAGUGUGGGAGUGUAAGGUCGUAUGCCACACACCCCCGGCCUUGCCAUGUAAUGACAUCAUCGAGACCAUGCACAGCAUGUGGACGAAAAUUGCAAGCUGCAUCUUGCAUGGCACCUGCAUGCCAUAAACGAGAGACCAGUCAGAUUCAAGCAAGCAUGACCCUUCCAAUGCCACUUAGAAAAGAUGCACCCAGACUGCAGAAGCAGCAAUUUACAGACACACACCCAACUCACACUUCACACACUCAUGCUGGAGGCACACACAAAGAGAGCUCUCUUGAUAAAAGUGACAGAACCAUACAGGAAACAAUGACUCAACCAAAUGAUCCAUCCACACACAUACACAACAAAACAUGUAACAAAAACUCUGCAACUAUACAAAUAUCUACAAAUUCAUGUAAACAAAAAACAUCAGAACACUCACAAACCGACAAAUUACAGACCGGAACACUGAUAAAUAAAACACAGCCAACGGAAUCAACAGCAGCUCAAAAACAUGUCCCAAAAGAUGUACAGCUCACAUCAGAGUACACGAAUAACCAAACUUAUGCAACUAUUGCAUCUGCCCCUUCAUCUGUCUCCACCACCCCUAAACCACCUCCCCCUGUGCUUUCUUUUGGAUCCGACUCACAAACCACACCCACUCUCCCACCUAAAAAUGCUCCCAAUUGCAAACCUUCAGCGCUAACAACAGAACUGGUAUCACCAGACAUUCAGAAUGUCUCAGAGACCAAAGCAACAUCGCAAACUCAACCCCCCAAUCAAGAACUAAAAACUGCGAUGGCUCCAGAAACCAAACCAGAACUGGUAGACUAUCAGCCUCCGCAAAAGAACUUGACAGAAGCACAGAUCCCACUGUGCAAUGGGGUGCCAUCAGCACUACAUGGACUACUGCAGAACAUUGAGGAGAACCUGCUGUCCAACCAAGAGAAGAUUAAGGUUCUUCUCAAUGUCAUUCAGGACCUGGAGAAGAGCAAGGCCAUGAGCGAGGGACGCUGUUCUUACAGAACAGGGCAGGACAUCAACAACUGCUCGACCUGCCAGAAAACAGCCUGCAUCAUUUACAGUGUGGAGCAUGAUUUCCGUCUGCAGGAGGGCCGCUUCCAGAGUGUCCUUGAGGCACUGGACAUGGAAUACGAUGUUGCUUCAUUUCCUAAAACUGACCCCUCUCGACCACGGAACAAGAACCGCAUCAAGAAACUCCGUAAGAAGUGCUUCUGGUGGCUAUAGCCCUCAGCAAUGGCUACCAAGGCAAUGAUUACCGUGCGCAUCGCUAUUACAGCGAGAGGCUCUGUGCAUUCCAAUUACAGGAGACUUGUUCGUAGCCAAGGAACAGCUCUAUGAGCUCGUGGCUUUUAGGUGUGGAAAAGUUUUGACUUGUAAUUAUGGAGUUACACCAGCACUGUCAUCAUGGAGAUAUUAGAUUCCUUUCUAGAAUGCAGCUGUUCAUGAAAAUAAAAGAUCAUGGAACAAUAAUCUCACGUCACAUGUGGCCAAGUCCCGAAAACAAUGGCUUUGAUUUUCGCUCUUCUUUUACUCCAAGAAGUUCUUUUUGUGCCCUUUUCACGACUGGACAGGCAUACCUACCAGGAUAACAGAAAGUGUAAGACAUGUCUGAAGCCCCAAGAGAGCCAAGCGGUGAAGACUCAGGCAGUCAAUAGGCUCUCCUUGAUGAGUGACAGAACUGUGAUUCAAUCAAUACUGCCCUUCACGGUGACUGCCGGAAUGCUAACCCAAUAGAGACAAUCUGUCUCGAAUAGCGAUAUUUCAACACUGUAUUCCCUGACUGAAGGCGAUAUGUAGACUUAGUCUGCACUAACUGCAGUCUAAGUGGUUCUAGGAAUCUUAUUGUGAGUAGAUCAGAUUACAAUCAAAUUUUUUCAACUGGUUGCUUCAAGUGUGACCGUCUUCAAAAGGGCGGUGCAGGAUUCGCACAUUCCAGCGUUAGAAUUUUGAAGUUUUGGUUAAUAUUCCAUCAUUUUUCAUCCUAAUCUCUAUCUACCAUAUUAGUACAGGGGUGGACAUAUCAUAAAUUUGUUAGCUAGCCCUCUAGGCAAGUAAAAGCUCCAAUGUGCUGCCCAGUCCCAGUUUUUGAUUGACCAGAAACCAGUAGUUAUUAAACCAGGAAUAUUCACCCUAUCAUACGAGGAGAUCACAAGUUCGACUCCUAGCGAUGCCACAGCCAUCUGUGGCCAAGGGAGAAAAAUCUGCCAUUCUCUCACGGUGGGAGGGAUAGCAGAUUUUCUCUCUCCUCUCAAUCACAGCGGCAAUAGCCAAUCGUAGGAGUUUGUUUGCUCGUGUAUGUGGAAGAGGGCAGAUAGCACUUUUCUCUGAGUGUGUUACGCUGCUUAGUGAUGAACAGCAGUUUGAAAGACGUUAAGGGGUGAUUACACUACACUUUUCAUUCCGUUGACUUUUGUUCAUACACACGAGAACGCUGGAGACCAGAAACACAAGCUCGUGCGAAGACAUUUCACAUUUUCACUGCCUUCCAAAGUUCAAAUUUGGUGAACUCUGACCUGCGAAUUCGUUUCACAUGAAGACAUGUGACCAACAGAAGAUCAACACGUCAUGGCGUGACCGCUUCAGAAAUACCAAGAACACCACCGAUUAUAGUGGUGUCGCACCUUCCCGUUUUACACCAUUUUAUACAACACAGCUUUACAAGAAUAGAAACUCAACAUCAAAAGAGAAGUUGCCUGGAUUGCGGUGUUGCUUCAUACAGGAAUACAUGGUAUAUUUUAACGUCGCCGUGUGACGUCAGAUCCGGUUGCCGUCCAUAUUCGCAACGGUCUCCGAAGAAAUUUCUCAUGAUGAAAGUCUAGCGUGAACGCCGCUUUAGCCUUUUAGCUAGCAGAUGAGAAUUAGCAGGUGACCAGUUUGGGGAGAAAAUGGAGGAAAACAAUAUUAAUAUCAUCUAAUAAUGUAUGGUGAGUGAGAUAAGGGAGUCAAACAAGUUUAUGAUUACUCUCCUCAUGACAUUUUAGUUAGGAAAAAUACAAAAGUAUCUAGGCACAUCACUGAAACUUCUAUUGAAUUCAACAUUUGCCCUUUAGAGUGUGGAGUGAACCAAUGUUCUUUUCUAUAUACAGGGAAAUAUGUGCUAAUCUCAUAGGUGCAGAAAAAGAGAUUAGGAUGAAAAAGUGGAGUAUUCCUUUAAGCCCGGCUCCCUCACAUUACCACCUGUCCAAGUUGCUCUCCGUAGCAAUAUAUUUUUUGAGACUAAUGUGACAUGUACCUGACACAGAUGAGAAAAAUUACAAUGUAUAUGCAUUAUAAUUUCACAGUGUGACUUCAUUAGUGAAACGGAUGCACACGCACGCACACACGCGCACACACACACACACACACAGUCUUCCACUGUUUUUCUGUCUUGAUCGUAAACACAUCUCCAUUAAUGUAUUUUUGUAAGCUGCUAUUUUAAUAGGCUAAGAUGACAUUACCCAUGAUUCUCCCUGCCUCCCUUUAGCUGUAGCCACAGCUGUUUGUAACUGGUUUAUUUGGGAUGAUAUGAAUAAAAUAUGUAUUUUGAUGCA